AUGGUGCUACUUAAAAAUGUUGAACUAGUCUUUUCUCCGUUUUUCGCAACACUAACUUUAAUAGUUUUAUCCGAAUUUGAUAUCCUCACGUUGUCAUUGGUACUCUAUUAUGUAUAUAAGGGUGAAGUUAUGUUCUAAAAAAGCCAAAUGAAAAUGUUUCUAGAAAUGAUAAACAAUGCAAUUUUUAUAUUUCUAGAUGGAAAAAAUAACGGUGUUGCUUCAGGCGUGCCAGCAAUAUCUAAUGAACAUUAUCAAAAACAGACAUCUCUGCUCUCGACGAAUGCCAAUGCAGAGAUUCUAAGAUCCAAGACAUCUAAGGAUUCGGCCCAACCUAAACUACACACGAACAAUACAGAUACUUCUAUAAUGCAGAAAUAUAAUGAUUUUAAGAUGAAAAUAUUUUAUCAAAUAUGCAAUAACUUACCAUUUUUUAAAACAUUAAACGAACAAGAAUUAAAGAGCAAGACGAAAAAUACCGUAACUAAAGUAACAAUUCUUAACCAAGUACUGCAGAGUCCGUGGAGGCCAAUAUUACCAUAUAAUUUUAGACCUUUACGUAGAAGAGAUCAUGACGUGGAACAGCCAAAGCUGGAUAAAAUACAUCAAUUAAAUGAUUGUUAUGAUAACAUUCUUGAGACUGCUACUGCAACAAAUUUAAGUGAAAAGAUUUUCUCGAACAACGAUGCAAUUGGUACACAAAUGAGACAGCAUUCUUCUUACUACACGUGUGUGGAAUGUGAAAAGUCAUUUUCACAAUUACGAAACUUUAAAUAUCACAUGUCAGUUCAUCGCGGCACAAAGGAGUUCGCGACAACAUGUCCCGUCUGUGGGAAAUACUUUAAUGACAGAGGAUAUCUCAGUAGUCAUAUGAAAAUUCAUUGGAAUCGUAAGGAAUACAAAUGCACUUUAUGCCCGAAAUCAUUCAAUCAACGAGUUGCUUAUAACAUGCACGUACGUACACAUACCGGUAUUAAGCCGCACGUGUGUGAUAACUGUGGAAAGGCAUUUUCUCGGAAAAUGUUAUUGAAGCAACAUCAGCGAACGCACAGCGGAGAGCGUCCUUACGCUUGCUCGUAUUGUGACAAGAGAUUCGCAGAUAGGUCCAAUAUGACCUUACAUUUGAGGCUGCAUACAGGAGUUAAACCAUUUAUUUGUAAUCUUUGCUCUAAGACAUUUACAAAGAAACAUCACCUUAAGUCUCAUCUGAAUUUUCACACUGGAGAUAAGCCUUACUCUUGCCCACGUUGCAAGCUCGCUUUUACCCAGUCUUCGAACAUGAGGACACAUUACAAGAAGUGUAACGCACAACCAACAAACGAAGAUGUAUCAUAUUCAUUGCCAUAA